CCCGGACCAUCUGAAUUUAAUAUUUGUAAGAAAAAAAAAAGGUCUCAAUAUUACAAGAUGAGGGUUGUAUACUGUAAUUUUUAUUUUAUAUUUUUUCGACUUUAGUCUGAUGUGAUUCAAGUCACGUUGAUAUUGUGACUUCAUUGUUCCCAAAAAUCUUUUUUUUUAAUGGCAAGAUUGACUUUUUCUGAAUAAUAAUUCCACUUGAAUCUCGUAAUAUCUUAAAUCUUUGACUUGAAUCUCAAAAUAUUUUAAAUUCGAAAAAAAAAAAGCCCUGGUUCUGGUAAUAUUCAUACUAAAUAUAUAAAUAGCCUUUACUCUUUGAAAUUUGAUGACUGUUUCUUCACCUGAUAAGAUUCAGUUUUUCAAUUUCCGAUUAAAAAAAUGUUUUCUCUGAAAUGUUGAGGUGGCUGAAGUGAGUCCAAAGUGUUUUUUGUUUUUGUGGUAUUUCAGGAGAACCGGAGUUCCGCGACGUGGCCGGGAAGCACGGCAACGAGGUCCUGGGCCGCGAGCUCCUCCUCAACCCGACGCGAGUGCGAGACGGGAAACCGGCGGGUGGUCCGCCUGCUGCCCUCCACGAACACCCCGACGGGUACGAGAUGGCCUUCCGAAAGGGCUCGGAGCUGUCGGGUUGGACUUUAGGCCGCUACGACUACGAAGGCAUGGACUCGAACCGCAAAUUUGCCGACCUCGACGCGGUCAUGUGGAGCGGCAUGGAGCUGGAGAAGGACCGCUCAAAACUGGUCGACCGCCACGUCCUGAUCCCCGAGCGCGACGCCUCGGACGACGCCUUAGCGCAGCGCAGCAUCAAAGGUCCGGGACAAAACGCGCCGGGGCGGGAAUCUCGGACGCCGUCGUUCAAGUGGAAGACAACGGCCGUCACAUUCGAUCAGGUGAUUCCUCUUCCCAUAAAAAUAAACGACAUUCGUCUUUGGUGCGUGGAAGCUCAAAACAUUUCCCCGGAGGAGGGCAAAGAUGAGCCGGCGUUAAAAGCCAAAGUCGACUCCCGCCUCCCUUCAGGCGUGGCGGACAUGAGGCCCGCCGGCCGGCUCAAGGCGGUUCUGCUGGCCACCUUUGCGGCCUCCGUCCUGCUGUACCUGGUCUCCACGCGGGGGGGGAGCCUGCGAAGCCGCUCGGAGGGCGUCCGGGGUCCGGGGACCUUCGACAGGUUGGAAAAGUUGGAGGCCAACAUUGAGAGAAUACUCAAGGCGGUGGACAAGCUGCAGCCGAAGGCGGCGGCGGCGGCGGCGGCGGCGCAGGGGAAAGCCGAGGGCGAGGCGGAAAAGAGGGAAAAGCCGGCGGUGAGGAAGGUGUUCCCCAACUCGGCCCUCUUCAAGAAGUGGGGCGAGGGGCUGAGCGAGGACGAGCAGAAGGAGGCCGAGGCCCUGUUCGCGAAGUACGGGUACAACGCCUUCCUCAGCGACAGGCUGCCGCUCAACAGGGAGAUUCCGGACACCCGGCACGCCAGAUGCGCCGGGAAAAAGUAUCCUGCCGACCUCCCGAGCAUCAGCGUGGUGCUGAUCUACCUGGACGAAGCGCUGUCCAUCAUCAAGCGGGCGAUCCGCAGCAUCAUAGACAAGACACCCGCCGCCUUGCUAAGCGAAAUCAUACUGGUGGACGACCACAGCACAAACGAGGACCUGAAGGAGAAGCUGGACCGCUACAUCGGCGUCAUCCACGAGGAGCGUCCGGGCCUGCUGAAGCGGGUCGUCCACAACCGGCAGCUGGGCCUCACCCGGGCCCGACUGUCCGGAUGGAAGGUGGCCACCGGUGACGUGGUGGCCAUCCUGGACGCCCACAUCGAAGUCCACGUUCAAUGGGCGGAGCCGCUGCUGGCCCGCAUCAAGGAGGACCGGACGAUCAUCCUGACGCCCGUCUUCGAUCGGGUCAAUUACGACGACUUGACGGUGACCCGCUACGGGCCGGCGGCCGACGCCUUCGACUGGGCGCUGUGGUGCAUGUACGAGUCCUUCAGGCCCGAGUGGUACCAGCUCAAGGACGAGUCGCUGCCCGCCAAGAGCCCGUCCAUUAUGGGGAUAUUCGUGGCGGAUCGCAAGUUCUUCGGCGAGAUCGGCGGCCUGGACGCGGGGAUGAAGAUAUACGGCGGCGAGAACGUGGAGCUCGGCAUCCGGGUGUGGCUGUGCGGCGGCAGCGUGGAGGUCAUCCCCUGCUCCAAGAUCGCCCACAUCGAGCGGGCCAGCAAGCCCUACCUGCCCGACCUCAGCGUCACCAUGAAACGCAACGCGCUGCGCGUGGCCGAGGUGUGGAUGGACGAGUACAAGCACAACGUCAACAUCGCCUGGAACCUUCCGCUGCAGAACCACAGCGAGGACAUCGGCGACGUGUCCGAACGGAAGGCGCUGCGGGAGCGGCUCGAGUGCAAGCCCUUCAGGUGGUACCUGGAUAACGUCUACCCCAUGCUGGACCCUCUCCUAGACCUGGUCGCCUACGGAGCGCUGAUAAACCAGCUGAAACCGGAUCUGUGCAUCGACCAGGGUCCGGUCCCGGGCAGCACGCCCAUCCUCUACUCGUGCCACUACUUUGCCCCUCAGCGCUGUUACUACCGCACCAACGGGCAGCUUUACGUGGGCGGCAUCAAGUCCCACAAGUACAACAGCAACCGCUGCCUGGUGGAUCCCGGCACCAGCGUCUACCCUGCGCUCUACGAGUGCAAGGUGGCCGAGCAGAAGAAGUUCCACAUGUUGUGGGACUUUAGACAGGGGACGUCCAUCCAGAACCGGGAGACCAAGCGGUGUCUGGAGAUCGCUCAGGGUCAAGACGGCUACUACCAGCUCAUCGUGCAGCGUUGCACCGGUCAGAUCUGGAACAUACAGAAUUACAUCACAAAUAGAGAGGCUCAAGGGUAACGAGGCAAACCAGUCGGGUGGGCCUGAAUUGGAAGAGACCCCUUUGAAGGAUUUUUGCACGACAUGAAUCUCAAGGAUCGCUGACUGGUCCUCUCUCGAGUCAGCUACCGGUUGGUUGCCUCUUGUUGUUCUGACCGUGUGACGCGAGUUUAAUAACGUAACGCUGUUGUUUGUUUGUUUGUUUGUCGCAUAAGUUUGCAUCGACGAGCCUCGUGAAGACGGGGUUCUUCUUGGCUUAUCUAGUGAAUAAAGUCCUUUAUGUAACAUGGGUUCCGGACUCUGUACACGCCAGAAGCAUGGGGACGAUAGUCGACCUUUCCGACCUGUCGAUCACUCGUAGAAUAAUCAGCCAAUCGGAUUUGCAGCAUUGUCUGGCCAGACGCGCCCCUGCCGCCGUGUUGUCCCACAAGCAAUGCCGGUUGUCAGUAGCCCGUGCUUGGAAAAGUUCAUGUUACGAAGAAAAUGGUCGGGGAAGAAGCUAUCCUGCUAGCUUACAAGGCUGCCCGCUUGAUUCGUAUUCCAAAGCCGAAAACACAGUUGAAAAAAUAAAGAGUCUACGCUGGAUUACGGCUCGCGGAAGAGCGCGCGUACAACUCAAUGUGGGCAAUAUCAACAAAUACUCUGACCCUGACAUUGCGUCCCGCUCCGUCCAAAAUCUUAAUCCCGUGUACGUAUCCUUGCGCGAGUGAAAUAGUCGAGACCGCUCUGUAGAACUCUCUUGGACAAGUCUGACAACAACCUUUGGAAUACGCCUUAGAGAAUCGACUUCAAACAUGUUCCGUUCGGUCGCCAUUUUGGAAGCUUUUGUGGGACGUGGCAAAUGGAGCUAAGGGAGGGCGGAGCUUAAGGUCGCCAGUCGGAAAGGUCCGUUAACGAGCCGCUGUUUUAAGGGCUUUGCCGCCAUCUUGUAAACUGUAAUUACAUAACCCUUUUGGGGGUUUUGGAAUUAUUUGUACAUUGUUACUAUUCACAGAGGGGCUCUGUACUAAUUCUCCACGAAUGGCAUGUUUUGCAGCUACUUUUGGAAGAAAACAUUUUCUUUGUAAGCCCGACUGGAUCACGUGUUUUUUGGAAAGGGUUGCCUGAGCUCCC